UGUUGAGAAUCUGAGUGUUCCAUCUGAACAAUACUACAACACAGGAAAAUCGUCAACAGCCGCUCCUGGGUUGUUUUUAAAUCACUAUCUGCCUGAUCUGGUGUUUCUUUGACCUGGAGGUUCUGCCUGCUGCCAUGUCUGUGAAUUGUUCUGGGUCCUUGCUGACGAGCUCUGCAGCUGCUCAGUCGCCAGAUCUUCCCUCUGCCGUUGACUGUGAGAUUGUCGUUCUGCCCGUCGACCUGCUGCUCAGCUUGCAGAAGUCGCAUUUCCGCUUGCUGGGGAACACCAUCAAAGUCCGCAAGGAACCGGGAAUUGGGUACAACGUGAUCUCCAAUGGACAAGUUCGAGUGGAUGGGCAGCAGUGUAACCUGGUCAACUACAUCCACAGUAAUGUUACACUGAAUUCUCAUAAGGAAUACAAGGAUCUUAAGAAAAUUAUAUUAAGUAAACUAAUGGUUUUUUUCACCAUUGUUAAGGUCACUGAAGGUUCUUCACAAGACAUAGUUUAUGCUGUCAUUGUGAACACUCGCCAUCCCAGAAUGAGACAGGAGAUUGAAAGUAGUAUGAAGGAUGUCAAGGCAUCAGAAGUGGGCACAAAAUAUGUCUUCCAGUUCACCUUGCAAAAAGCAAUCCAGUCGUUUUUCAGUUUAAAGAAUGCACAUGUAACACAUGACCUUGGCUUGGAAUUCACAUGUGAAUAUAAAUGUGAUUCGUCAGACGUUUUCCACGGGUGUACGACAAAGACAAAGGAACUGAAUGGAAAAAUCUUUGAUCUCUCUUCUAUAACUGAAGAUGGGAAAAGUAAAGUGAAGAAGUUGUUGGACCAGAUGAGUGAGGCCAUUGCUGAGACGGAGAUUGGACCCGGUCAGGUUUCUUCAUUUCAAACAGACUUUUCAGGGGAUAAAGUAUUCCAUUCAACUCAACAAUUUGCAAAGCGCUCAUCUGGGAAGGAAACAUCUUCAUCGCAGUGGCCUGCAGUGAAUGAGAAAUCGUACCUCCUUCAGUUUACACAACACUUGCCCAAAUAUAUAGAAUGAAUGCCUGGAGGAAAAAUAAAAUAAAUUGCUAUCCUUUCAUUGAAAAUGAAUGUUGAUGUCCUGAUUUAUUACCUGGAAUAAACGGAAGGUGUACUUUUUGA